GUCUCUGUGAAUAAGGAAGUGCCGAUGGUCAUGCAGGGAGCGUAAAGUGUGCAGGAGUCAGCUGCUUUACCUUCAGUAUGAAGAUAAAUGAAAACACGUUGCUGGAGGGACAGAGAGUCCUGCUGGUCCCUUACAAUGCAGAGCACGUGCCCAGGUACCACGAGUGGAUGAAGUCUCCAGAGCUGCAGCAACUCACUGCCUCAGAACCACUGACCCUGGAACAGGAGUACGACAUGCAGAGGAGCUGGAGGGAGGACGACGACAGUACGGAGUCAUCGGUCUUUGCACCAAAAACAACUCCUGAUAACCAGACAGAGACAACAUUUCAUAACACUGUUGAUUUCCCAGAGUGCACAUUUAUCAUCCUGGAUACACAGAAGUGGGCCGACCCCAGUGUUAAUGAGGAGACCUGCAUGGUGGGAGAUGUUAACAUCUUCCUGACCGACUCCACUGAUCCCUCCCUGGCUGAGCUGGAGAUCAUGAUAGCAGAAGAGAGCUACAGAGGCAAAGGCAUCGGGAAGGAGGUGACACUUAUGAUGAUGUGCUAUGGAGUCAACAAACUUGGGAUCAAAAGGUUUCAAGCAAAAAUUGGUUUGGACAACCACACCAGCAUCGCCAUGUUCAAAAAGCUGCACUUCCAGGAGGUGUCUGUGUGUCAGGUGUUCAAAGAGGUGACCCUCGAGUUAACGGUGGACGAGUCUGUUCAGAAGACACUACUGGAAGAAGUCCAGAUGAAGGAAAGGGACUACAGACAAACCUGCAGCGGCAGACGUGCCCAGAAAGGACAGAACGAUACGCAAGCUUCCUGAAAGCCUGCAGCUCUAACACAGAUCAGAAUUUACAGGAACUCAGUAUCUCAAUGCAGCUGGAGGUCUGCCAGAGCAUUUUCUAUUUCCUGAAGGUAUAACAUAGCUGUGAGUAGCUGUGAGAUUCCUCUAAAAGGGCUGUACAAUUUAAAAAAGUGAAUGUCAUUUACACUAACUUUAUUUAUUUUUUGUCUUCUUUUUUUAGGGAAAUUACGUUUUCUUUAUAAAACGACUGUUUCCGUGAAGCGCACAGCUCGUUGAAAGUUAAAGCAGACUCAUAGCAUUCCAGCUGGGCACAAAUCCCAACUAUUAAUUUAUCCUCCAUGAUCAAUUUUUAAACAGUGAAUUAAAUUAAAGGGACGCUCUCCAUAUAUCAUUACCAAAUUUGAGUCCCUGAUUGAUCAAAGCAGUGGAUGCAGUUUGUUUCUCAUGAGGGGGAAUGCCCCUCCCACUGCAACUUUAUACAAAUAAAUUCUUUAAAAAAAUCUUACAGUGAAAUUUUUUGAAUUUUUAUACAGUUAAAAAAUAUGUUAUCUUUGAUGAUCAUUUCAGACUAAAUUCAAACUUUUGCUUUUCUUUUUUAAUAUGAAAUGACUUUUUCUUUAUAAAGUGAGUGUUUCUGUGAUGCUAUGUUCACCCCACCCUCAUCGACACACAUUACAGCGACCAUUUUCAAUGCAGGGAAAUGUGCGUAUUGGGCUUCCAUAUUCAAAAUUCUGAUGUUCACAUGUAGCUACGCACCUAAAACGCCAUUAAACGCGUGUUGAAAUUUAAGCAGGUCGGACUUUGACCAAUCAGGGAUCCUCAAAUUUGGUAGUGAUGUUUCGUCACUUUUAAAUCACGGUCUGUUUAAAAAUUGAUCCUGGAGGAGAGAUUAAUAAUUGCAGUUUGUGCCCAGCUAGAAUUCUAUAAUACCAAAUCUUUUUAUGUACAGGAAUAGAGCUGUGAAAGAAAAAGCCUGAAGCAAAAUCAUGAGAUUUGUUCCGCUUUGACAUCUUGUAUCAAGCCUCUUCCACCUGUAGGUGGCGGACUUGCGCUAGUUUCAGGUAGCAACAGUCCAGGCCCAGGGGCAAACAGCGGGUUAAAAGAAUGGGCAUUUAUCGCAUUUUAUCCUAUUCACAUACCCCAAGUGACCAUAGCUCAACACUUUUCCUCAUCUAUUAUAGCAAACUGUUCAGAUAGAAAAAUUCUUAGUUCACAAAAAAAUUAAAUGGACGCAAAUUAUGAAUUUCAGAUACUACCUACAGAAAGAAGCUUUUCACACAAAAUACAUAUCAAACCAGUUUGAAAAUUAUUCUAAGGUAAUCAAACAUGAGUGAAGUAUUUUCGUGAGGGAAAGUUUUAGUAAUGUCAUGUAAUAAAUCUAAAUGCCACAAUGACUAUUUUCUACUUGGCAUCAUUACAAGUGACAUUUAAAUUCCAAUGUUUGUAGCCAAUAGAAACGUGAAGGGAAUAAAACCUGGCAAUGUCUAAUUCUUUUACUUUAAGAUCAAUUGUUGAAUUGUAUCAAAUAUUCAUAUCUCCUUAAUAACUUUGUUUCAGUGCAAAACAUAAAUGCAGAGACCUGCUGGAGUGUCCUCUACUGGUUGUGUAUGACUUUUAUUAAAACCCAGAAAUAAGACGUGA